GUACGAGUACGAUACCGGUAUCUGUACUGUAACACAAUUGUACUGUACUCGAGUACUGGUAUGUCACCUCACCUCACUCGCCCCCAAAUUCAUUCCAGUCCAACGGGGAAUGCACUGCCCAAGGGUGCGAGUAUUGUGCGGGUAUCAUGCGAUGCAUGUGUUCCUGUCCCACCACUACCGUGCCAUGUGUCGUGACCGGGGCGAAAAGCGAAGCAAGCAUGUGAGCAAUCGAAUUCAUUCAUUAAUUUGGCUCGCGCAGUCCGGGGUUGGAUGUUGUCAAACCAAACGUGCCGCACACGGUUGUUUCUGGGGAAGCACAUAUAUAUUCACCUUCAGUCCUUCCGUUUUCCGUUCCCCCCUCCCCCUUUUUUCCCUUCCUUCCCUAACCCUCUACGGUUGUCCUGUCGUUUGCACCUGUCGUUCGCUACACGAUGAAGCUUCAAUUCUAUCUACUGGGGGUGGUGAGCUUGGGAGGAGGAGGACUGGCGCUUGCUCAGGCCCCGCCGGUGCCUGAAAUCACGUCUCCACCGCCGACUCCGACUGGCGGUUCCACUGCAACGACUAACAGCGUUAGCGGAUGUCCGAAGAGUAUUUGUGCGGACUAUAUAAAUGAGUGCGGGAAGUGGUAUGGGGGUUGUUUGUAUGCUUGCUCCUCAUAUUGUUUGUGCUGGGGAAGAAGGAAGAAUUGAGUAUUGAUUGUGCCUUGUGGAUUAGUCUUGAUCCGGUUUGUACUGGAGGGAGCGUCUGGCCAACUUUCACCAAGCCACCAUGCCCGACGACAAGUUAUGCCACUACGACAUGUUCGAGAUCGAUUUGUGUGGAUAAUGUUAACGAGUGUGGGCAGAUGUUCGGCGGCUGCUUGUAGGCUGCCCUUUUCUGAUAGCCGCCGGUAUAUACUAACAGGACAGUCUGGACCCUGUGUGCACCGGCGGAACCAAAUGGCCCACCUUCACCAAGCCACCGUGUAGCACUACUACCACCACAGAAUCCACCACCACCACCGGUGCUUCAACAACAUGUAAGCGUGCCAUUUGUGCCGAUUAUGUCAAUGAAUGUGGGCAGAUGUAUGGGGGUUGUUUGUAUGUUAUCACCCUUCUCUCUUCCUACGUAGUCCGUCCGCGGUUAACCGUUUUAUAGCCUGGAUCCGGUAUGCACGGGUGGAACGGCCUGGCCAACAUUUAGCAAGCCUCCUUGCCCAACGACGAGCUGCAGUCAUUCUAUCUGCUAUGACGGGAUCGACAAGUGUGGACAGUUCUACGGCGGUUGCACGUAUGUCUCUUCUACUCUAUUGUUGAACACGGCUCACCUGGUGUUACAGGCUUGCACCGGAAUGCGGAGGCCCCAAAACCCCCACCUUUUCGAGGCCGCCUUGUCCACCGACAACUAUCGCGACAUAUAAUACCACAACGGCAUCACCGACAUGCACUGUCUCCCUGUGUGUUGACGGAAUAGACGCUUGUGGACAGGGCUGGGGUGGUUGUUUGUAGGUUUUUCCUCACGCAGAAUUGAACGUUGCUGACCCCGAAUAGCCUUGCACCGGAAUGUGGUGGGAAGGAGCCUUCGUGGACUAAACCACCAUGCACAAAGACAACCGCUACCCCGACUGUGACCAAAUACACAACCACUUGCCCCCCUGGACAAGCUGUGACUAAGUUUGUGACGAGAACUUUAACAUAUACCCACGGGCCUGUGAAGACAUAUUAUGCCGACCCAACCGUUCUCUCAUCCUACACUUCCGUCACAUACUAUGGUCCGGGGCCAAGUUCUGUCCCCAAUCCGUACAUUCCAAGCAACACGCAUAACUCAUCCUCCUACGUCCCAACUGGCACUGGCCGUUGCAUAGCUGCACCAUCAGCCGGUUUGGACACUACUCUAGAUGUUUGCCGCCCCCAAAGUUACAACCCACCUUACCACGCUAACAUGGAUAGUUCGAUGACCUUUACGAUGGAAUCACGUUUCAACCACGGCCACCCUAUAAAGGCUUCAAUUUCUCUAGGUCCAUAAACCGCGCGGCGCCGCUCAGCAUUGGUAAAGCCAGGAAUAGCCAAUUUGCAAUGGACGGUACCCGAGCUGCAAUAAGCAGUUAUCCUGCUUGGCUAUAUGUUCAUAGAGCUACCAGGCAGAUGCCUUACCCACCGAGUUUAGACAUCAUUGCCUUCAGUCAGGAUGGUGUACGUUUAUGCCUCGUUCCAAAGAGUUGGGCGUAGCGCUAACAAGAAUAGGACCCGAGAAAUUGUGCGUUUGAUUUAAAGUCCUUUUAUGUCAAGCCCACGUUUGAUUGGCUCAAUAACUCGAUGAUUAACGUUACGGCGUGAGUGUUGAAGCGCGAGGUUGUGUGGUUCAUGGCUAAUGGACGGAUUAGAUAUGACCUUGAUGGAGGAUUUAUCAAAACAGAAACCAGGAAUGCCGUCGGGGGGUUACUUUUUGAUGUCGAAGGGCAAGGCUUCGAGGGAAUUGGGCUGCUCACAAUUUUGGACCUCACAAGCGAAGGUUACUCCAUUGAUGAUAUCAAACUCACAAGUUAGCACAUCCAGUGUCCUCUCCUUGUCGAAUUAUACUUGCGCGACAACUAACCACGCCCAUUAGGCCGCUGCUAUGCUUUCCCCGAACCACCUGCAACAUGCCCAAGGGAAGAAUAUGGUAACUGGAGGGUUUUCACCGAAGACGUAUUUCCACCCUACCUCCUCUCCAUGCCUAGCUGACCCUCUACAGUUUGAACUGGUCCCAGGCUCUCAUAAUCUCCCGAGCAAUCAUAGCAUCCCUGUCAACUAUUGGGAGCCCUAUGGAAACCUCUUCCUCCGCACCCACUUCGAUCCACCCGCCCUAUCAAAAAUAUCCGACCCGGUCCUAGGCACCAGUGAAAUGUUACAUACAACCCCGGACGUCCUAAACAUAACACUCUCCACGAAAUGCGAUUUCCAGCUUGGCGCCCUCUCUGUAGUACCCGACGAGCCCGCCGCCGGAGGUAAUAUCAUCAUCGAAGGAUAUGAUUUCCAUAGCGAACUCGCUUGGACACACACUGAGGCAGUGUCUGCGACGGGCGGAAAGAAGAUAGAUAUGAGAGGGAGUGAAUACUCGUCGGUCUGGGGGCUGCGGAUUAAGAUUGUUGUCCAGGAGGAGAAUAGGACAAGGUUGAUGGGAUUUGCUAUUGAUGACGUGGUGAUGUCGGGGCACGUUUAAUAGGGUAUGAUCGGGAAUUAGGGGGAAGAGGGGGAGAGGACGACGGCUACGAGGGUCAUGUUUUUAAAUUAAUGAAUGGGAGGUUAUAAUUUUGGUCUUGCUGCAUGAGCGAAGCGUGAGCCACUAACCAUGGGAGACGAGUGAUGAUGCGUGAUUCGGCAAAAAAGAACACGACACCAUUAAACACACCCAACAGAAUAGCUACACUCGGGAGUGCAUGCCAACGCCAAUCGACACAUUUCUAAUUUCAAUAGAGUACAAGGUGACAUGCAAAUGCACUCCCAAUUACCUCAAAGAAGAAAGAAAAAAAAGAAGAAAAGAGACACCCAAACCCACGCCCAGGAAAGAAACAACAGCCACAUCAUUAAACGUACUCGUACAGUAACCCCCCCAUAAAAACCACCAGUUCGUUAAAUCGGCUAUAUACUCCUCCCCCGCCUCAAAGCAUCACCAGCCGAUCCCAAGAAUUCGUGAUUCUCUCUUUCUUUCUUUCUUCCCUUCUUUCCUUCCUCCAGACAACCAUCAAUUUAUGAUAGUAUAUGAUAUA